CAAGGAGGGGCCACAAGGAGGGGCUCUUUUCCGGGAGGAGGGCAACGGGUAACCCGGAAGCGGUCGACAGUGCGGCGCUGUUUAAAGAUGGCGGCGGAGGAACCUCAGCAGCAGAAGCAGGAGCCACUGGGCAGUGACUCCGAAGGUGUUAACUGUCUUGCCUAUGAUGAGGCCAUCAUGGCUCAGCAGGACCGUAUUCAGCAAGAGAUUGCUGUGCAGAACCCUCUGGUCUCGGAGCGGCUGGAGCUCUCAGUCCUGUACAAGGAGUAUGCUGAGGAUGACAACAUCUAUCAACAGAAGAUCAAGGACCUCCACAAAAAGUACUCGUACAUCCGCAAGACCAGGCCCGAUGGGAACUGCUUCUAUCGAGCCUUUGGCUUCUCCCACUUGGAGGCACUGCUGGAAGACAGCAAGGAAUUGCAGAGGUUCAAGGCUGUGUCUGCCAAGAGCAAAGAGGACUUGGUGUCCCAGGGCUUUACCGAGUUCACAAUUGAGGAUUUCCAUAACACGUUCAUGGACCUGAUCGAGCAGGUGGAGAAGCAGACCUCAGUAGCCGACCUGCUGGCCUCCUUCAAUGACCAGAGUACCUCGGACUACCUGGUGGUCUACCUGCGGCUGCUCACCUCCGGCUACUUGCAGCGGGAGAGCAAGUUCUUCGAGCACUUCAUUGAGGGUGGGCGGACUGUCAAGGAGUUCUGCCAGCAGGAGGUGGAGCCCAUGUGCAAGGAGAGCGACCAUAUCCACAUCAUCGCGCUGGCCCAGGCCCUCAGCGUCUCCAUUCAGGUGGAGUACAUGGACCGCGGCGAGGGCGGCACCACCAACCCGCACAUCUUCCCCGAGGGCUCCGAGCCCAAGGUCUACCUUCUCUACCGGCCUGGACACUACGACAUCCUCUACAAAUAGGGCUGGCCCUGCCCGCCACUGCCCUGCUGCCUCCCCUCUGCCAGGCGCUAGACAUGUACAGAGGUUUUUGUGUGGUUGUAAAUGGUCAUAUUUCACUCCCCCUUCCCUGUCACACAACCUUCCAUGUUUUAUUAAAGGGGAUGCUGAUGGUGAGCCACGUGUGCGUGUCCCUGCUCUGCUGCUGCCCACCUGGCUGCUAUGUGUCUGGCUACCCCCCUUCCCCCCAGGUGGGUUCCUCUCGGCCUUCCGCCUGCCCACCCCCAAGCUCCCUACCAGCAGCAGUCUUGAGGGGCCAGGCCUUUUGGGGCCCACUCCUGGUUAUUGGGUUCUGCUUCCCUCACGCCUCCCCGCUUCCCUCCUUAGCUUGUCCAGGAAAUUUGGAAGUUCCUUGGGGAUUUGCCCAGGGAUCCAGGACCAUCCAAGCUUCAAGCUGCUCCCUCAUAGGCCCCACCUCCACUCUGCUUUCAUGGCCAGGGCCCCAGAUCCCAGCUGCCUGCCCUCCAUCAAGCAUCUGCAUGGUCUUAGAGUCCUGGGUGGAGAGGGCCGACAUGAUGGUGGGGCCUGGCUCAGGGCAGGUGGAGGAGCUAGGACACCCCCAGUGCAUCCCAGGUGGCCCCAGUCUGGUGGGGGAGGGGCAGCCUGUGCUUGGUUCAGUCCCCAGGUCUAGGCAGGGCUUGCCAGGCCGCCAUCCCCCGGCCCACCCCAGGACCCCUGCGUGUGCCUGCUUUGCACCCCCUUUGCUUGGGCCGUGGUGUCUGCAUUGCUUGCCCUUUUGCCUUCACCUUUCCUCUCCCACCCCGGCACAUGUGGGAGCUCGGCCCCCAAGCUGUGAGCUCCUUGGGGGCAGGCCCUCAAUAAAUGUGAAGUGCUGCUGCC